AUGUUGAUGCAAAAUAUUAUGUACCCGUUCACUCUAGAUGCCCACAGCAUUAACAAUCUGACGCACCUUGACUCUUCUAUCAUCUAUUACCAUAUCAUGGAUUUUAUCAAUGAUUUCUGGAGUAGUAGUAGCCUCAAGGUAGUAGGAGGUAGUAGCCUCAGGACGUCUAGAACGUUCAGCGUCACUCGUGCUCAUAUGGCCACUCCGAAACAUUUGAAACCAUUUAUAAACUGUUCUAAUCGAAGAAAUCACACAACUUCCUCGAUUCAGACGAACGCCAAAUACAGAGAAAUAGAUCUGGCUGAAAUUUGGUAA